ACCCUCCACUUUGAGGAAAAUGAUUGUGGCCUUCAAGUAUACCUCAUUUUUGAGGAGCGAUCCUCAUUUGGGGUCUUUAAAAGUUCUUGUCCCUCGAAGUUCUACAUCGAGAGAAUGUCACACAUUUAAUGUUAGCAUUUUUAACUGAUAUCAGUAGUAAAUAGAACUGAAUUAUACAAUUUCAUUAAAAGAACUACUCUACAAGUAAAAAUACCACUUUUUAACUAUCCUACGAGCUUCAGUAAAUCAGCCACUAGUAAGUGUGUUAUUCUAACAUACUUGGCGUUUGCGAUAUCUAACGACACAGCCAACCAGAUCACGACCGUAAAAAGCAGCAAGUCUAUACAUAAAGGAGUUCUCACUCGAAGAGCCUUUAGCAUACACUACUUCGUUGACUCUCUGAUGUGACAUCACAACAGUAAUCGCGUACAUAAUGGCGUCGCCCUUGUGUGCCUUUCUGGGCUGCAGAAGUUCUUAUCUCCGGGUGUUUUCUGUGUUAAUGACUAAGGAUCUUUUACGCCCCACAUUUGUACGUGGCUGUGAAAGGGUUCCCAGUAGAUCGUACGUGGUCAGCACCCCCAUAAGGUAUAUUGACUUCAAACUUGAUGAGAAAACUGCUCACAGCUCUUUGGAUUUGUUUAAAAAGGACACUGCAGUCAUAUACCGCUUCCUGGGUAUUGACCCUACCAAAGUCCCUCAAAACCCUGAGCGAUUCAGAGAGUGGGCUGUUGUUUUUGGUGAUACAUCUGUGACAAGUGGCAAGCACUACUGGGAGGUGACUGUGAAGAAGUCUGAGGAGUUCCGCAUUGGUGUGGCAGAUAUUUAUAUGUCACGGGAUGAGUGCAUUGGAGCGAAUAACUGUUCCUGGACAUUUGCGUCUGUUAAUAAAAAGUGGUAUGCCAUGUUGGCAAACAAAAUGGCCCCAGUUAGUAACAUUGGCAACCCAGAAAGAGUGGGUCUUCUCCUUGACUGUGAUGCAGGAACCCUGUCAUUGGUGGAUGUUGAGCAAAUAUCUGUAGUCCAUACAAUUGGAUUGCAAUUUAAAGGUCCUGUCAUUCCAGCCUUUGCAUUGUGGAAUGGUGAACUGCUAAGUCAUUCAGGACUUGAAGUGCCAGAAAACCUUAAAGAAAAAUAAUGUAGCAAAUGUCACCAAAUCUUGUGUCUGCAGUGGGCUUCUUUUUUAACUUUGUCUUUUGUUUUCAGCAAAUGGCAAAUUAGUUCCCUUGCUUCAUUUGGAAACCAAGGACAUUCUUUUGAAUUGAACUGAAUCUUAUGUUUUGCAUGGGUAGUUUCUGAUGAUGGAAGGUGGUGCACUUCUAAUUUUGCUGUUUUAUUUAGGUGAUAAAUACAAGUCAAGAUGCAGUG